UCAGAGGAAGAUGAACCAGCAAAGAAGAAAAGUACUGUUCAGGGACGCGGCGAGGGCUCUGGCUUGUCCGCUUUGCUUCCUGAACCCAAAAACUUGACAGUGAAAGAGACCAAUCGGUUACUCUUGCCCCACGCUUUCUCGAGGAAAGCGGGAGAAAACGCCUCCGACUCAAAGCCCGCCAAGGCCCCGACCUCUUCCUCCAAAACCAAGCCUCCGGCCAAGCCCGCGGUGCCCACCACGCCUUCUCCGUCCGCUAUCAAGGCCGCUGCCAAGAGCGCUGCGCUGCAGGUAACCAAGCAGAUCACGCAGGAAGAGGACGACAGCGACGAAGAGGUCGAGCCGGAGAACUACUUCUCCCUGUCUGACAGGAGCGAGCCCAGCGUCGUGGCCGCCGAGACGUACAUGUACUCUGGCACGGUGGUGUCGGAGGAGCCGCCGCCUGGGACAGAGCCAGAGCCCCAGUUCCAGGACGCUGCUGCUAAUGCCCCUCUGGAAUUCAAGACGGCUGCGGGCUCCAGCAGCGCUCAGCACAGCUGGGCACCCACCACCCAGCCGUACAGCCAGUUCCCUGCCUACAGCGAGCCUGGCGUGGCCGGGGCGUAUUAUCAGGAUUACUACAGCAGUGGGUACUACCAGGAGGUGGAACCAGCCCAGGCACCGCCGCAGGAGAUGAGCUCCGACUCCUCCUUCAUCGACGACGAAGCGUUCAAGCGUCUGCAAGGCAAGCGGAACCGAGGGAGGGAAGAGAUCAACUUUGUGGACAUCAAAGGUGACGAUCAGCUGAGUGGAGCCCAGCAGUGGCUGACCAAGUCCUUAACAGAGGAGAAGACCAUGAAGUCGUUCAGCAAGAAAAAAGGUGAUCAACCCACAGGACAGCAAAGGAGGAAACACCAGAUCACGUACCUGAUCCAUCAG